UCGUGCAAUUGCAAAAUCGAGACCGCAUGUUGCGCUUCCCGAUCUUCACCCCAAAAGCCUACGCCGCUUCCUACCCUUCAGGGAUGACUUUUAGGGGGAGUACGCUCGACCAAUCAGAACGCUUUUUGGAACAAGCGCUCGGUUCUGAUUGGUCGAUAUUUCCAUUCAUCGACGUAAAUAUUGAGGUUCCGGCCACGGCUUCUUCUGCUCCCUGUUACUACAAAGUUUGCCGGUCCAGCUGUUCUCGCGUUAUUUGUGAGUUUGUGAGAGAACGCGAGGGUUACAGUGGGCGUGGAAUUUUUUCUAAGAUGCCUGAACCUAAGCCAUUUGAGCGCCUUCCGGGCAAUGUGAAGCCGUUGCACUAUGCCGUCACUCUCCAGCCCAAUCUUGUCAAAUGUGUUUUUACUGGUUCCGAAGAUGUUGACAUUGAGGUCAAAGAAGCCACCAAACAGAUCAAGCUCAACUCACUGGACCUGACUCUCAGAGACGUCAAAGUCACCCUGGCCAGUGGGGAUACGGUGCUCCCAGCCUCGACCGAGAUCUCGACUCCCAAUGAGAUGGUCACGCUCACCUUCGACAAGGCCCUGCCCAUUGGGAAGGCUAAGCUCAGCAUGGCCUUCAACGGGGAGCUGAACGACAAGAUGAAAGGCCUCUACCGCAGCAAAUACACAUCAGCCACAGGUGAAGAGAGAUACAUGGCUGUGAGCCAGCUCUGUGCCACAUGUGCUCGCCGCUGCUUCCCCUGCUGGGACGAGCCUGCCCUCAAGGCCAAAUUUACUGUCACGCUGGUUGUUGCCUCGUUUUGCGUGGCCCUGAACAACAUGCCUGAGAUCUCGAGAGAACAGCACGAGUCUGACCCCACUUUACAAAUUGUGAAGUUCGCCACAUCUCCACUCAUGUCAACAUACCUGGUUGCUGUUGUGGUUGGAGAGUAUGACUUUGUGGAGGAUACCUCUACUGAUGGGAUAAAAGUACGAGUUUAUACUCCUGUUGGCAAGAAGGAGCAAGGGAAAUUUGCCCUAGAGGUUGCGACAAAGGUUUUGCCGUACUACAAGGACUAUUUUAAUAUUGCUUACCCAUUGCCCAAAAUGGAUCUCAUUGCUAUUGCUGAUUUCUCUGUAGGUGCCAUGGAAAACUGGGGGCUAGUAACUUACCGUGAAACGUGUUUGUUGGUGGAUCCAGAUAACACAAGUGCUAGUCAGCGACAGUGGAUUGCCCUUGUCGUGGGCCACGAGCUUGCUCAUCAGUGGUUCGGUAACCUUGUCACUAUGGAAUGGUGGACUCACCUCUGGCUGAAUGAAGGCUAUGCCACUUUUGUCGAAUUCCUGUGCGUCGACCAUCUAUUCCCGGAAUAUGACAUCUGGACGCAGUUUGUCACCAACACAUACAUCCGAGCCUUGGAACUAGACUGCCUCAAGAACUCGCACCCGAUUGAAGUGCCAGUUGGCCAUCCCUCAGAGGUGGACGAAAUCUUCGAUGAUAUUUCCUACUCCAAAGGGGCAUCUGUGAUUCGCAUGUUGCACUGCUAUUUAGGGGACAAGGAUUUCCGCGCGGGAAUGAACAAGUACCUGACACGCCACCAGUACAACAACACUUACACUGAAGACUUAUGGGCAGCACUGAAGGAAGCCUCGAACAAGCCUGUGGGUGAAGUGAUGAGCUCUUGGACCAAACAGACUGGUUUCCCCAUGAUCUCUGUGACCUCGCAUCAGGAUGGAGACAACAAGGUGCUGACACUAACCCAACAGAGAUUCCUGGCCGAUGGUUCCACAGGGGACAGCAGUCAGUGGAUGGUGCCAAUCAGUAUUUCGACUGAAAAGAAACCCUCCGAAACAGUCAAGGAGGUCCUCCUAGAUUGCAAGUCGACGCAAGUGGUUCUUGAGGGCAUCUCUGCUGAUACGUGGGUGAAGCUCAACCCUGGCACAGUAGGAUAUUACAGGACUCAGUAUCCUCCUGACAUGCUUGACCUGCUGAUGCCUGCCAUGAAGUCCAAGUGUUUGCCGCCUCUGGACCGGUUAGGAGUGCUAGACGACCUCUUCUCCAUGAACACCUGGACACUCUGCUGAGGUCGCUGGUGCUGGGCCAGCUGGGGCUGUACGGCGACGAGGCCAUCGUGGGCGAGGCCAGGCGGCGUCUCGGGGCGCACGUGGCCAACACCUCCACCCUGCCGGCGGACCUGCGCUCGCCCGUCUACAAGACCGUCAUGUCCCAGGCCGACGAGAAGACGUUCGACCAGAUGCUCAAGCUGUACCGCGAGGCUGACCUGCACGAGGAGAAGGAUCGUAUCUCCAGGUCACUCGGCGCCACCAGGGACCCCAACCUCAUCCAGCGCGUCCUGCAGUUUGCAAUCUCCGACGAAGUGAGGAACCAGGACACGGUCUUCGUCAUCAUCAGCGUGGCCAUGACCGCCCCUGGACGCUCCGCCGCCUGGGCCUUCUUCAAGAAACACCACGAGGACUUGGUCGACAGAUACGAGGGCGGCUACCUGGUGACGCGCCUCAUCAAGUACAUCACGGAGAACUUCGCCACCGAGGACAUGGCCAGCGAAGUGGAGGCGUUCUUCCAGGAGCGGCAGAUCCCUGGCACGGAGAGGACGGUGCAGCAGAGCCUCGAGACCAUUCGCUUGAACGCCGCUUGGUUGCUUAGGGAUCAGGACGCCAUCAAGAAGUAUCUCACGGAGCUCGAGGGCUAGAGUGGGGAGGGAGUG